AUGUGUUUACCAACCAAAUGGGGAGGACGAGCUCUUCACUCUUGUUCUACUAAAGUUGGCCCCUUGAGAUCCAAAUUGGCUUGGAAAUAUAUGUAUGAUAAAGAUUCCUUUCUUCAUAAAGUCUUCUUUCCAAAAUAUGGAAAUCUUCUUGAUAAGGUAGAUUUGGAAAACUCUGGUUCUAAUUCUUGGAAAAUCUUGAAGAUAGGUGGAAAGUCAUUAAGGUCAUUUAUUAGAUGGAGGGUGGCAAAUGGUAAUGACAUUGAUGUUUUCAAAGAUACAUGGAUCUUAGACAAAUGUAUUAACAAGUGGCCAACAUUUAUUACUCCUAUAGAUGAUCGAAUAUUUUUGGUUUCCAACCUCAUAGAGAAUGGAAGCAGGAACGUGGAGCAAAUGAGAAGGAUUAUGGGUGAAGAUCUUGUAAAUCUUAUUUUACAAACCAUUAACUCGGGUGAUCAGGGAGGAGAUAAAAUGAAACUCUUGCUACAGGUCAAUGGAAGAUCCUUAUCAUCUAUGGUUUUUGAAAAUUCGGUAAACCAUACUCUUUCUGAUCAUUUCUGGAGCUGGAUCAAAAAAGCUAAACUCAAUCCAAAGGUGGAGACUUUUUGGUGGAGGAUUUAUAAUAAUGGCUUGCCUACCAAUGAAUUCCUUGAACAUAGAAGAUUGCAAAGGAUCAAUCUUUGCCCAAGAAACUGUAAUGUUGCUGAAAACAAAGACCAUUUGACAGCAAAUUUCCAUAAGCUGAAGGAAGUUCUUUCACAAAUCAAGGAAUGGGGAUUUACUUUCAAGGAAUUUGAUUCCUUAUAUGAUUGCUGUAAGCACCUUUCUCUUCUAAUUCCCUUUAUGAUUAAUCUUUAUUGUACAGUGGUAUAUAGGACAUGGAAGUCAAGGAAUAAUCUAAUUCAUAAUGGAAAGGAUGAUAGCUCAUUGUAUAUUGCUUCCAAUGCAAUAAUCUAUGCUUCAAAUUCUAUCUAA